AUUUUGGACCUGCUGCGACAUCAAGAGUUGGAAUUUUGAAUGACUCGAACUGUUCUGCAGUUUCGUGAGCCCUUGGAUUUAUUUGAUUGCCUAGCCCUAGUCGAAAGCGAAACCGAAACUUUUAUCGAAGUUCCAAAGUGAUUUACAACUUGAGUAUAAAGAAAUUUUUGAUUGCUAGCACCGUCGGGAGGAAGUGGCGCUGCAUUGGCAUCCCUUAUGAUGCUUGAAGAUGCAGAGGACGACGCCGUAUCUGUCGCAUCUUUUGCCACGGGGCGGUCGGAGCACGAUAGUGACGAUGAAGGAGGAUUCCCGGUGUUCGUAAACCAGGGGAGGGAGUCGUGGCACAGCGCUCCUUGUAGUGCAAAAGAACAAGCUGGUGCGCAACUACCUCCAGCUGCAAUUGAUACGAGAAGCCAACAUGCCUCGACACAGUUGCCUCGGGUGGAACUGCAAAAUUACGAAAGUGAUGCAGCGCCAGGUUCUCACCAACACAAUAACGCAAGAGUUGCCGCUUCUCUAGCAGAGGAGCCUGCAGAAGAUUUGCGUAGUCUUCGGGGAAGCCGAGAGACACACAAGAGCUCCGACGAGAACAAGGAUGCAAAUAGAGAAGAGCACCAAACCAAGAGCCCCCCAUCGUCGGAAACUUCGCCGAUAUUAAACAAACGAAAGGACGACGAGCAUGGUCGCACCAGGAAUACAACAUCCGCGUCUCGUGUGUACUUUGGUGAAAGUAACUCUGAUUGCAUUCUUGACGACAAACCGAACGCCACUAGCACUGCCUGUACGGCGGAAAAAGAAUACGCCAGGACGAGCGGACAUGAAACGCAAGAUGAGAACGAAGCAGAGCGGCCUGCAACUUUCACAGAAGGGAAGGACAAACAAGAUUUUCGUGUCGAGCGGGAAGAAGACGAUGAUGACGCAUCGUGGACCGAAGUGGUCAAUUUCAAAAAGAACAAGAAAAAGCGAACCGCCGUCGGAGAAAACGUAGUAGAGCAACCUCAACAGCAAAACGAGGGAAACAAGGAAGAGGAGGACAAAAUAGACGCGAGGUUUUUGAAUUGGCGAAAAGAGCGGGAGGAAAUCUGCAGCAACGAGGCGAAAAAUCUGCACGUGAAAGACAAGGCAGCACUUCUAUCAAAGGCGAAGAAGCGCGACAACUGGAUUGUUGAGGACGAUGCUGACAGCGCCCGAAGCACAGGUGGUCCGCAUUUCGCCACAAAUUUCGCUAGUCUCGCAAGCUCACAUCUUCACCAUGACUGGGCGGACGAGGAGCUCGGGGCAGAUGAUGACGCUUUGAUCCACCCUGACGAUCUGAAAAAAAUGCAGGAAGAACAAGGCGCGGAAAGCCAAAAGGAUGGUGACCGAGAUGAGCAUGCUGACUACAACAAGACGGGCACAACCGCAGGAGAUGAAAGUUCCUCCUGGCGCGCAUCGACAUCAUCUGCGGCCACCACAAGCCGGGCCGAGCGAGAGCGCGAGCGCAAGCGGCGGAACAAGGAGAAAAAGUGGGCCAAGUGGUACGGCUACGAGGAAGCGGAUGACAGCUACUAUCACGAUAGUUACAGCAGCAAAAAGAACAAAUCCUCCAGUGCUGCUGGUACUAGCACCUCUCUGUCCACCUCUUGGGACAAAUACCAGAAAAAAUCCUCCAAGUACAGCCGGAAUAAAUGGGACGACGACCAUGCGCGAGACGAAGACAACUUUCACAAUCGCGACGGCCGCGAGGGUCGGAACAAGUACAAAGAUUCGACGUCCGGCUACUACAAAAAAGACAAGUACGACUGGAGCAGCAAAGACGACUACGAUAGGGACAACCAUCGUAAGAACAGCAAAGAAAGUAGGAAAGAAAGCAAGCGGCGAGACGCAGAGGAAUUCGAUGCGAGCGCCCGCCCGCGCCGGGUGCCUUUCGGUACAACUUCUUCUAAGCGAGGCGAGCAAGAAGACCGUGACUCCGACACGCAUUUUUCAGCAUCUUCCAAAACAAGAACGGCGAACACGGAGCAUGGCUGGCUGUUUGACUUUUCCAUCACGGACGCGAUCAAAGCGAGGAAUGCGCGAGCUAGAAAGGAACGCCAAAUGGAAAUUGAUGACAAGAACGAGGACAACAAGGAACACGGCGAUGAUUGUGGCGAUGAUGAAAUAGCAGCAUCCACCUCUUGCAAUAAGGAUCGCUUCAGCCAGGACGAGGACUUAGAUCAACUCUCCCCUGACGUAAAAACCACCGCAAUGAACUCGUCCCUGGCUUCUACCGGAACGCCGCCUUCCUCCAGCCACCCGACCCCGCAGCUCGGAGACGAAGAUUGCGGUCCGUCUUGUGACACCGACGAAAAAGGAAAGAAACAGAAGGAAAGCAAUUGCUCGCACGUCGACGCAAAGGUCUUGUUCGGCACAAGCAAGGAGAUAAACAGGGCGACCGAGCAUGCAGAUACUUCUUCGUUAGCAAAAAACUACGAUCAUGUUUCCACUAGUACGAGAAACCCAACGCGUCAGACACACGACCUUGAGGCUGCGGCUUACCUUUCGCACUUGCAGCAGCUGCACGCUGCGUCUGCUGGCAACAUGCCUCCUGUUGUAGCAGGGACGACCGCUCAGACCUAUUGGCCAAGUGCGGCAAGUGGCAUCGCACAGCAGCACGUGGGUGCAGCGACCACGUAUGGUGGGGAUAAUAUGAUGUCGCACCUGGUACACGACCCGCAUCAGCAUUCACAUGCCUACAACCAAGCGGGACACCAGCAUCUACUUUCCGAGCAUCAAGGAUUUGUCGACGGGGGCGGUGGUCACCUGCACCAUAAUCAGCAAGCUGCCACGCACGCUGCAAAUCAACACCACAGUAACUUCGACGAGCUGCAACAGCAGCACAUAGUGCACGGCUUUGGCACCUCUUCCGGUCAACACGGUGCUCGACUGCCUGUCUUGCCCGCCGGACCCAAUCCGCUCGUCGAAGAAAACGUAUGAACGAUCAUGAUCUACUGCGAGCCGGCACCCAUAUUGUCUGGAAAUGCAUCAUUAUCUCGCUUUGUCACAGUUAUAUGUGCAUCAUGAUUUGUUUUCUCAACUCGCGUGGUACUGGUCCAGUACGAGGAGUUCUUAGAGGCAUCUUUUAUCUCGGUACGUUUCCGAAUCACGCACCCAGCCCAAGAAUCACGCACCUGAAUCACGCACCCACGCACCUCAGAACCAGCGCACCCAGUUCGGUGAUGUUUUAUCCAUUGAAAUAGUUAGGAACACACUACGCAAUGAAGCACGCACCCGCCGCACCAAACACACGCACGCACCUGCCGCACCCACUAGGCUGACGCUGAAAGCGGACUUGGCCAAGAGGCGAAAGAGAUUGGAAAAAGAGAAGCGGACUUGGCCAAGAGGCAAAAGACAUCGGAAAAAGAGAACCGGACUUGGCCAAGAGGAAAGGCAUUUGAAAAAGAAAACCGGACUUGGCCAAGAGGAAAGGCAUUUGAAAAAGAGGCCCGGACUUGGCCAAGAGGAAAGGCAUUUGAAAAAGAAAAGAAAAAGAAAACCGGACGUGGCCAAGAGGAAAGGCAUUUGAAAAAGAAAAGAAAAAGAAGACCGGACCUGGCCAAGAAGAAAAGGCAUUUGAAAAAGAAAACCGGACGUGGCCAAGAGGAAAGGCAUUUGAAAAAGAAAAGAAAAAGAAGACCGGACCUGGCCAAGGACGUUCUUGAUGCAUCGAAUUAAUUCCACAGCGAGGAGCACGACAGUCCCGUGCGUUCUAUUUUUUUCCUAGUCUUGCGCGCUUUAUUUAUUAUCUUGAUCAAUGAAUAAGAACUUGGAUCUGCACUGCUGUUUUUUUUUUCAAUUGCGCCCCAACUUGGGGUGCAACGUACGACGACGCAGUAGAAGUAAGUGCUUUGCUUUUUCACUUUGUGAAGCGACUGGCGCGUCCAUGCAUUCGUUCCGCUUUUAAAAAUAUGAAAAUGGAGUCUAUUACUAUUGCGCGUUUUUUUAAAGUUUUACGCUUGUGAUUUUAUGUUGAGUAGUCGAUCAGGUCUAUUUGUAAGUGUCGCGCAUGAAGACGCCAGAUUUGCAUGCGGUUGGAUCCUAUGUAUCUACUGGCUAUCCAUGCUGAGGACGAGCGAACGACUAGGCGCUUGGUCCUCCGCACAGCCAGGAGCCCGAGCUGGUGUGCAGGCGACAGAGCCAAGGGCGCCAGGAAAUCUACUGCGUGCGGACGAAGAUUGAUCCGUACUGUCAGGAGUAAGCCGCGCGCCCGCAGAGAGCGCGCCUGUGGUGGCACCCAGUAGGUACUAGGAAACAAAAAAGCGGCCCAUGGAUCAUCCACAAACUGGGGCAGCUGCCGCUCCUCGGCGUGGUACUGGUCCAGUACGAGGAGUUCUUAGAGGCAUCUUUUAUCAACACACAGGUAAUUGCGGAAUUCAGCGACUGGCGAGUAGUGCGAAUACCCGGCUCCACGAGGCCGGCUUUCAUCUACCGUGAUACGGGGGAGAUCACAGAACAAGUGCCACCAGAACUUGCGAACCUCGAUGUUGAUUUGGAGGUUUCUUUGAUCAUUUUGUUCGAGCGGCACAUGCUUUGUUCGGGAAAAUGCAAGCCGUUGCGUAGAAACUUGACCCAAACUCGGCAAUACCGUCGUGCUUCCGCAGACGCGCAACGCAGAAAAGUUCUUUAGUCGAGAACUUUCUCCGCGCUUGUGUCGAGCAUGCCGGGCGGGAAAGCUUUUACGUGGGGAAACGCGAAGCGUACAAACUUGACCCAAACUCGGCAAUGGGGUCGUGCUUCCGCAGACGGGCAACGCAGAAAAGUUCUUUAAGCAAGAACUUUUCUCGCGCUUGUGUCGAGCAUGCCGGGCGGGAAAGCUUUUACGUGUGGAAACGCGAAGCGUACAAACUUGACCCAAACUCGGCAAUGGGGUCGUGCUUCCGCAGACGGGCAACGAAGAAAAGUUCUUUAAGCGAGAACUUUUCUCGCGCUUGUGUCGAGCAUGCCGGGCGGGAAAGCUUUUACGUGGGGAAACGCGAAGCGUACAAACUUGACCCAAACUCGGCAAUGGGGUCGUGCUUCCGCAGACGGGCAACGAAGAAAAGUUCUUUAAGCGAGAACUUUUCUCGCGCUUGUGUCGAGCAUGCCGGGCGGGAAAGCUUUUACGUGGGGAAACGCGAAGCGUACAAACUUGACCCAAACUCGGCAAUGGGGUCGUGCUUCCGCAGACGGGCAACGAAGAAAAGUUCUUUAAGCGAGAACUUUUCUCGCGCUUGUGUCGAGCAUGCCGGGCGGGAAAGCUUUUACGUGGGGAAACGCGAAGCGUACAAACUUGACCCAAACUCGGCAAUGGGGUCGUGCUUCCGCAGACGGGCAACGAAGAAAAGUUCUUUAAGCGAGAACUUUUCUCGCGCUUGUGUCGAGCAUGCCGGGCGGGAAAGCUUUUACGUGGGGAAACGCGAAGCGUACAAACUUGACCCAAACUCGGCAAUGGGGUCGUGCUUCCGCAGACGGGCAACGAAGAAAAGUUCUUUAAGCGAGAACUUUUCUCGCGCUUGUGUCGAGCAUGCCGGGCGGGAAAGCUUUUACGUGGGGAAACGCGAAGCGUACAAACUUGACCCAAACUCGGCAAUGGGGUCGUGCUUCCGCAGACGGGCAACGAAGAAAAGUUCUUUAAGCGAGAACUUUUCUCGCGCUUGUGUCGAGCAUGCCGGGCGGGAAAGCUUUUACGUGGGGAAACGCGAAGCGUACAAACUUGACCCAAACUCGGCAAUGGGGUCGUGCUUCCGCAGACGGGCAACGAAGAAAAGUUCUUUAAGCGAGAACUUUUCUCGCGCUUGUGUCGAGCAUGCCGGGCGGGAAAGCUUUUACGUGGGGAAACGCGAAGCGUACAAACUUGACCCAAACUCGGCAAUGGGGUCGUGCUUCCGCAGACGGGCAACGAAGAAAAGUUCUUUAAGCGAGAACUUUUCUCGCGCUUGUGUCGAGCAUGCCGGGCGGGAAAGCUUUUACGUGGGGAAACGCGAAGCGUACAAACUUGACCCAAACUCGGCAAUGGGGUCGUGCUUCCGCAGACGGGCAACGAAGAAAAGUUCUUUAAGCGAGAACUUUUCUCGCGCUUGUGUCGAGCAUGCCGGGCGGGAAAGCUUUUACGUGGGGAAACGCGAAGCGUACAAACUUGACCCAAACUCGGCAAUAGCGUCGUGCUUCCGCAGACGGGCAACGAAGAAAAGUUCUCUAAGCGAGAACUGUUUUCGCGUCUGUGUCUAGCAUGCCGUGCGGGAAAGCUUUUACGUGGGGAAAUGCGAAGCGUACAAACUUGACCCAAACUCGGCAAUAGCAUCGUGCUUUCGCAGACGGGCAACGAAGAAAAGUUCUUUAAGCGAGAACUUUUCUCGCGCUUGUGUCGAGCAUGCCGGGCGGGAAAGCUUUUACUUGAAGAAAUUCAAAGCGUGCAAACUUGGCCCCCAAUUGGCAAUACCUUCGUGGUUCCGCGGACGCGGAACGCAGAAGCAAGAGUUCUGUAGCCGAGAAUCUUUUUCGCGCUUUUGCCAAGUACGCCACACGGAAACGCUUUUACAACUUGGGAGAAUGCGAAUCGCACAGACCAUCUCUGACACUUACACGCAGGUUUUACAGCGGCUCGUGCCAUCCUACGCGCACCAGGGCAGCGGAUCUGCGUCCGCGGCCGAGAGCUGUAAUCGCCAGCUGAUGCUGCAGAACCUGUACCCGACCGGUGUGCAGCUGCGAGUUCUUGAGAGUCUGUGUUCGGCCUUGAACCUGCCGAACGAGACUGAAGACGCGAUACGCAGCCAGGCGAGCCGAGCGAUGGUAUACAACCGAAUCGCGUACCUGAAAAAUGUGUUCUUCGACCGUUUUCAGUGCUAUCCCCAGUUCCCCCUCGCAACUGCUCAACUUCCAGCCGCGGCAGCUCCUUUCGCCAACUACGCUGCGGCAGCCGCGGCCGCAGCCUUGACGCAAUCAGGUGGGGUUCCCGGUGUUGGAGCUUGCUUUGGCGGACCGGCUUCGGCGGCCGCGGCGCAGCUACAGCCACACCAGUUUGCGGCCACAGCAAACGCACUCUCCUUAGUGAACAGCACGCUCGCGGCAUCCGCUGGGCUUCAUGAGCUUGGUGCGGGAGUGGCUGCUGGUAUCAAAUGGAACGUUUAUCAUGUGGUUUUUCUUUUCGCUUUCAUAUUUUUUUAUUUUCGACCCCGCAGUUGGGUACAUCAUCACCUAGGUUCAGACUAGCUCGCUGCAAACGAGAACAAGGCGUCAGAAGACCCUCGCACGUCUCGUUUUAUGAAGCAUGAAAAAGAAAAUGAUCAUGAUGAAAUCUAAGCAAAUUACAGGUAAGCACCUCCACCAGCAAGGACUGCAUGCGCAAGUGCGCUACUGA